AUGUCCUGCACCCGGACGGCUUCCACACUGCACAGAAAUUCCCUGCACGACCGCCGGCCACGAGCACAGCCCUGCCUCAACGGUGCCGAUUCGCAGUCGGAGAGAAAAACCCUCUGUGUCCGCAUCCGUCAGAACCUGCAAAGCCGCACACCGUCCCCGCACACCGAGCGGCCCUUCACGGCAUCGCAGCCGAGCGCGCGGCUCGGGAACAGCCGGGAAGGGCUGCGGGAGAGCAAAGGAGAACGAGGACAGAAUGAAGGACAGAAGGCGGCGAAAUGGGCAGCCGAGAGCCGUUCUGAGCGGGGCUGCGGGAGAGGCAAAGGGAUUUCCAAACGGAAAGCGAAGGGCGGCGCCGUGCGGCUCCGCGCAUCCCGGCCCGGCGCUCGGCUCGCGGCUGCCCGGAGCGUCCUCAGCAUCGGCCUCAGCGCCCCGUCGCGACGCCAGAGCGAGCCCUGCCGGUGCCGCGAGGAACGCCGCUCUACGGAUGGAGGAAGAGGGUCCGGUUCCAUUUUUGGCAGGCGGUGCCACCUGGCAAACGCGAGCGAAUGUCCGCGCUGCGCUCCACGUGCGCGUUCAGCAGAGCCGCCCGGCCGCAGGCAGCGCCCAGAGAGAGGGUGGAUAAGUGAGGGGUGGAGGUGGGCCGGGUUGGCCGUGGGGCAGUGCUGUGGGGUAGCACGGUGUUCCUGCCCAGGAGGGGACGUGUGGGAAAUCUCGUGGGAGAGACCCCAGCCCCACAGCCGCCCCCUGGCUGAGUCCUGGCCUGAGCUGGAGGGCCCCGUGGACGCAGCGCUGCGCAUCCACCGCCGGGAUCACCCCGAGGAGCACCAGAGCCUCUACCUCUUCCAGGGUGAGAAGGUCUGGUCCUAUGCUGGGGGGCAGCUGCGCCCCAAUUUCCCUCGGCGCAUUGGGGAUGAGUUCCCGGGGGUCCCCGGAGAUCUGGAUGCUGCUGUGGAGUGUCACCCUGAGGAGUGUGGUGGGGAGACCGUGCUCUUCUUCAAGGGGGAUAAGGUGUUCUCCUUUGACUUGGAGCUGCGGAUGACGAAGGAACGCCCUUGGUCGAAGCUGGGGCAGUGCGACGCGGCGCUGCGCUGGCUGGAGCGCUACUACUGCCUGCAGGGCACCCAGUUCCACCAGUUCAAACCCCACACUGGGGAGGUGCUCCCUGGGUACCCCCGUGAUCUCCGUGACUACUUCAUUCCCUGCCCCGGCAGAGGUGAGGUUCCCCUGGGACUGUCCCAGGGAUCUGCAGCUUUGUGACAACUCAGGGACCCA